CGGUUCUUCUUUCAGGUAUUGUACUGCGACGCCUGCAGGGAGUCUUGUCAUCCGAAGAGGGGCCCAUUGGCGGCCCACAACCUGGGACCACCGAGAGGCAGCUGGCAAUCAAGCGGGAGCAAGGGAUCCCGGCCCGAGGGCACGCCGAUUUGCAACGAUCACAAUGGCGAGGCCGUGACCCUCUACUGCGCCCUUUGCAAGAUCGCGAUAUGCGCCCUGUGUCUUCGCGAUCGUCACGCCGCGCAUCCUCACGACGUUCUGCCGCUGGCCGCCGCCUGCAAGGCGCAAAAGACGGAGCUGUCGCAGAAUCUGCAGCAGCUGUCGGAGAGGGCCCGCUCGACGACGGAGUUCAUUCAAAGGCUCAAAGGAAUGACGGAUAAAGUACAUGAGGAGUGCGUGGCGCUCGAGGAGGAGGUCGAGGAUCGGGUGACGAACCUGGUGAGUCUUCUGCAGGCGAGGAAAUCACGGUUGAUCGAGGCCGCCCGGCAGACCAGGGAGGCCAGGGUGCGCUCGCUGCGUGACCAAGUGGCGAGAUGCGCCACGCAUUUGCAGACGACCACUGCGCUGCUCACGUUCUGCAUCGAGGCGCUGAAGGAGACCGACAGUGCGGCCUUCCUGCAGAUCGGCGGCAUGCUGUCGGUCCGGGCGGCUACGGCCGCCGGCUCCUGGGGCGGCGCCGAGGGCGUGCAGGAGAUCGCCCGUCUGCCGUUGCUCGAUCUCACCCUGGACGACAAACCGCUGCGCCGCGCCAUCGAUCAGCUCACCUUCGUCCAGCUCAAACCACCCGGAGCGCCUCUACUGAUCCCCGAAGAGUGUAGCGCCGAGAACAACAGCGUCACCGUUGCCUGGCAGCCGCCACCUGGCCACGGGAUCAUGGGCUGCACUAGUCAGAGGGGCCCCGCUAUCGAGGGAUACCUCUUGGAGCUGGACGACGGCUGCGGCGGAGAGUUCAGGGAGGUGUACUGUGGCCGCGAGACCAUUUGCACGGUAGACGGGCUGCACUUCAACUCGCUCUACAACGCCAGGGUGCGGGCCUUUAACAGCGCUGGCGAGGGCGAGUACUCGGAGCUGAUCGGCCUUCAGACCGCCGAGGUGGCGUGGUUUUCGUGGGCCACCGGCGCGGCCGGCAUACCGCAGGAGGUGUCCGUAUCCGAGGACGCGAUGAGCGCGUCCUGCGAGGGCUACGAGCACCGCGUGGUCCUCUCGAGCGUGGGCUUCUCGCGGGGCGUGCACUACUGGGAGCUGACCAUAGAUCGAUACCACAGUGACACCGAUCCGGCCUUCGGUAUCGCCCGGGCUGACGUGUCGCGCGAUCAGAUGCUGGGUAAGGACGACAAAGGCUGGAGCAUGUACAUAGACCGGCAGCGGUCGUGGUUCAUGCACGGAGGCGGUCACGCGCAACGCACGGAGGGUGGCGUACAGCAAGGCUCGACCGUCGGCGUCCUCCUCGACCUGGACACCACGCACACGCUGCGCUUCUUCGUCAACGAUCAGCCGCAGGGCGGCAUCGCCUUCCGCGAUCUCUACGGCGUCUUCUAUCCGGCGAUCAGUCUGAACCGCGGCGUAACUGUAACCCUACACACCGCUCUCGACGUGCCGCGCCAUCUCCUCGCGCUUCACGAGGAGUACGUUAGCGAUAUGAUUCAAAGCUAGGGGUACCUUAACGUCCUCAAGAAAGGUCUGCCGCAGGAGAUCGGCUCGCCUUUAGGCCCGACAAUGUGCGCCACGGACAGGUGCAGGGACUUUGAGUCGGGCCAGCUGUUAGAGAAGAUCGUCGAAGAGAGCCCGGUCGACGUUAACUGAUUGGUAGAUUCUUUUCAAUACGUUUACAGCGCUCGUAAUCCUUUUUUUGUUCUAUCGUUUCUGCUUGGCACAAAGCGUUAUGAAAUAACGUGCGUGAAAGCGUCUGAAAUCGCUCCGCGAUGUCGUAACGUUAACGAGGACACUUUGGUCCUUUCAAUAUUGUGCGGCGAAACGAGAGCGGUUUGAUCUCUUCAGGGACUCGGUAGACGCGGUAUUGUUUUCCCGAAUAUUUUGCUGUUUAUGUAGAAGUACAUAUUUUUGCGGAGUAUUUUUCACGCAAUUGUAGCAUUCGAUAUAAAUAAGAGCGACUCUUUUUAUUUAUAAUUGAGAAAUACACGAUCCCUGGGGAUGUUAAUCCGGGCAGAAUUCGCCUCGCGCCGUUUGUCUAAAUAUAAGCGGGCUCCACGAGGAAUAACGAUUCAACAGGUCCAGAAACUUUGGCGAGAAGGUUUCCGAGGGAGGCGCUAACCGUGGACCCUUUUGAAUCCGCCUUGUUUGAGAAACUGAAACUUAGAAUCCAGACUCUAGUUAGGAAGAUCGAGAUUUAUACUUUCCUAUCUCGUCCGCGCGAUCGAUUAAUCGUGCGGAAACGAAGCCACCAAUAACCGUCAAUCGAGGGGCGUUUCGAAACACGGAACGCGGCGUAAAAUCACUCUCGAGGAGUGAGAAAAGGUUACUCUAUCCCGAAGAAUUAACGAGACUGACAUAACUCACGCACACGUCACGCGAUCUAUAAAUAAUAUCUCCCAUAGGGAAACAGGAGGCCGCGAAAGCUAAGAUAAAACUCCCUCCGCUGGAACUCAGUCCAUUUUCUAUUUAUACCGCACUUUAUAUUAAAAACGGAGAAAAGAACAUAUUUUUUCCUACACUUCGUAAAUUCGUCUCUCGAAGAAUUACCUCGGCGAAAACUCAACGCGCCCCCGAGGGUCGGUGCCUGCGACCUUCGGUCAAUUGACUUGAGUUUCCUGUCCACGCUACAGCCAUGAUCCAGAAAGAGGCGUGGGCGAAAAUUAACCGAACACUUAACCGAAGGUGGAACGACCGGCCCUCGGAAGCAAGGAGACGUCCAUUAGCAAAGAGCCAAGUAUCGUCGCCGGCAAACUUUGUUCGAGACCGUGUCCGAGUAGAAGCGAUCAAUCGGUUGGCUCGAGAGAUCGAGUCGAGGAAUAAGAGAGGGGUCUCUUCCAGGAAUUCAUCGCUCGAUAGAGAGAGCGAUGCGGGAAAUAGUGUCUCGUCCGAUGGCAACCUUUCUCGAUAUCCUCGACGGGGCAGUGGUUCUUGAUAACUUCUCACUUCGGAGAAGGUAGAGUCGGGGUGCGCAAAGAGGGACAUACGGCGUCGGGGAGGACCUCGAGUAGCCGUCCCUUUCGCCGCGGCGUGUCCCGGAUAGCCAGCAAAGAAAGUCGACGAUCAGUCCCACCGGGCGGCAUUCCAGUUUCCGUCGGUCGUGUAAUUAACUCUUUCAGCACCUGCCGCCGUCCGGCGUGCGUCCACCUUGAAUGAUCCGUUAAGGAACGCGGCAGGGACCUCGCCUUAAUUAAGGUAAGACGUUGGAAAGUUUCCGAGUAUCUUUACAUCUCUUUACAAUGCGAUAAUUUGAUGGUAAUUUCCGCGAUAGGGAAAUUAUAUCGUUUAUUCGCGAGACAUGCCUCUUUCGCGGUAAAGAUGCGUGAAAAAUUUCUACAACCAACGGCUCUUGGCAAGUACUCGUAGUGAGACGCGCUUUGUCCGUCCCGCCGAAUGAGAUUGAUCGAAACGGGAGUUAGCAGUUCGAUUCGGCUCGGUGCUGAAGCGGUUAAUGACCGUGCGAAAUCGCGAAAGCGCUUCCGAUCGAACGCUGACGAGGCGCGAUCGACGACGAGGAGACGGAGGAUCGACCGCGGUGAGGCCGACAAUUAUCCUACGGGACGAGGGACGAAACCCCCCCGCUGACGGACUCUUCUCGUCCAGCUCGCGCGAUCGACGGAUCGCUCGAUCCUCCACCCAUUAUCCAUAUCGACGCACGUAUAAGUGUAAUCGCGUUGUAGGCGUUAAGGCUCCAUUAAAACGUAUAGACAGGUAAGGCGUAUAAAACAAUGCUGCCGCGGCUUUAGUGUACAAUAAACGAGUAUACGUUUUCUAGUCUUCGAUAGAGACCCAAUCGACACGUCUUUCCGUUCGCCAACCUCACCCCGUCGUUUCCUCCCUCCUCCACCUCCAUCCCGCUGGUUCUUUUUUUACGACUUUGUAUCUCUCGACGGCCAGGAGUCACAGGACGCCCCCGUGCUCGGUUUCUCGCCGUUAUAUCCCGACGUAACGAUAAUCCGGAAGCAUUAUUUCCGCCCCGGGUAUCGGCCCUGCGAGCACGGGCGGCGCGCGCGCGCGCGCUGCGCCUUUCGGCGCACAUGUACAUAAGUGUAUAUAUACAUAUAACUAUACCGAUUGUAUACCGCCGAUGAUUGCCGAUUGUACCAUUUACGACUGUAUCGGAUCAAUAAAACGCAACGAAAACGCCCGCA